AAUGAAACCAGACCGGUGCAGAUGAUGUUCAAGGAGGCAGAUUUUAACAUGACCUACAUUGGAGACUUCCAGACCAAAAUCCUUGAGCUCCCCUAUGUGGGUAAUGAACUGAGCAUGAUCAUCCUGCUCCCUGAUGCAAUCCAGGAUGGAUCCACAGGCCUGGAAAGACUCGAAAGGGAACUUACAUAUGAGAAACUGAUGCAUUGGAUCAGUCCUAAAAUGAUGAGUUCUACAGAGGUGAAGGUGUCUUUACCCAGAUUUAAACUGGAAGAAAAUUAUGAUCUGAAACCACUUCUGAGCAGCAUGGGAAUGCCUGAUGCAUUUGAUUUGGGCAAGGCAGACUUCUCAGGAAUCUCACCUGGCAACCAGCUGGUGCUCUCUGAAGCGAUUCACAAAUCCUUUGUGGAAGUCAACGAAGAAGGCACUGAAGCAGCUGCUGCCACAGCUAUGCUAAUCUGUGAGUCUUCCUUCAUGAUGCCCACUUCAGAAUUCAUAGCUGAUCAUCCCUUUCUCUUCUUCAUCCGGCACAACAAAACUUCCAGCCUUUUGUUCUGUGGCAGAUUUUGCUGUCCCUAAGGAGGAGAUGUCUUGGCUGCAUAGGUGCCAUCACGCAAUAAAUUUAUGUUUCCCUAGAACUAAGUGACUGCUUUUGCACUAAUUGUCUGUUUCAGCUGUGCCUGCACCUUCUUCUGUGAUCUUGAUCUUGGGCUUGGCAGGAAUAAGAGAGCUGC